UUUCCUUCGCUCCACUUUCAGCAAGUCCGAUACUGGCUUAUCUCCUUUGUGCUUCGUACUAAACCGAAGCAUGAGAGAGGAAAAACUCUCUCUCACAACGCGAAAAAUUCCAAACCUCACAAAUCUUUAAAUUAUGCCGUUGAUCCUGACCACAAUGAGCCAUUUUGGAAGAAGACCACCCUCAGUUUCGCCACCGCGGAUUAUGGCGCUCGUGGUUCCCGCGGUGACGAUUACAAAUUCGCCUGUGUUUCGAUAGCUGAGAGGAAAGCUGAUAAAGAAUUCAUGCCGACCCUGGCUCAGCUACUGAAGCAUCCGCUGGCCAUCGUCGCAUUCGUUCCCAAAGAUGUUGCCCUUUUCUUUGCCGGGGCCAUUGCCGGUGCUGCUUCGAAGACUGUCACAGCUCCGCUGGAUCGCAUCAAGUUCCUAAUGCAGACUCACGGAGUACGGGUCGGGCAAGAAAGUGCUAAGAAGGCAUUUGGUUUCAUUGAGGCUAUAACAGUUAUAGGGAAGGAAGAAGGCAUCAGGGGUUACUGGAAGGGCAGCCUCCCCCAGGUGAUUUGGAUCAUACCUUAUAGUGCUGUCCAGCUUUUUGCUUAUGAAAACUACAAGAAAAUAUUCAGGGGAAAGAAUGGUGAGCUUUCUGUUUUUGGAAGACUCGCUGCAGGUGCUUUUGCAGGCAUGACAUCCACUUUCGUAACAUACCCAUUAGAUGUCUUGAGAUUACGAAUAGCUGUUGAACCUGGUUACCGAUCAAUGACAGGGGUUUCCUUGGGCAUGUUAAGAGGCGAAGGACUUGCAUCUUUCUACAAGGGGUUGGGGCCUUCUCUAAUUGCAAUAGCUCCUUACAUUGCUGUCAAUUUCUGUGUUUUUGACUUAUUAAAGAAGUCUUUGCCUGAUAAAUAUCAGAAGAGAACUGAAAUCUCACUACUAACAGCUGUUCUUUCAACUUCUCUUGCCACGCUGACAUCAUACCCUCUAGACACUAUGCGAAGACAGAUGCAAAUUAAGGGUACACCUUACAAGACAGUUGUAGAUGCUCUUUCAGGUAUUAUCGAACGGGAUGGAGCUAUAGGGUUGUACCGGGGUUUUCUGCCCAAUGCCUUGAAAAACUUCCCAACCAGCAGCAUCAGGCUUACUACAUAUGACAUUGUUCAACGCCUAAUUGCAGCAAGUGAGGAAGAGUUUCAAACAAUCACUGAGGAAAAUCGCAAGAAACAAACAAAUUCCAAGACUUAUUGAUGCUGAGAAUUGAAUUCAUAUUAUCACAACCUAUUCAUAUCCUCUGAAGUUAUUGCUCUUGCAGCAUCAUCCACUAACUAUGGGAGUGCUUUCCCUGAACUGUCAGCAUCACACACCAACUCAUUUCUUAAAACAAAGUUCAAUUCAUAGAACUAUAAAUGCAUGCAAGCAUUCGAUUUACACAAGUGACAAACAUGCACACAAAAGAAGGGCGGUUUUGCUACUGAAAUUUUCUCCAAAAUCUCACUGUUGAUCUCGUUCUAACCAUGUCAGGUGAAAGAACAAGCGAAGAUAAGAGCAUGCAAAUUGGCUUCUAGCUAAAGUGGAUGAAUAUGCUGGCUUAAGUCUAUUUUGAUGCACUGUGAUGUCUAUUAUGCUAAGUUUGGAAAAUAGUCUGGUUAUGCGUGUGAAAGUAAUUAGACUAUAUAUGUUUUCACUACAGUAUGAACAAGGGAUGAUAGGGUAGCUUCAUUUUUUAAAGUAUGCAUGUGAAACUAUAGGGAUUGUAACAGGUCUAAUAUUUGAGUUGGCACAGUGGUAUGCGCGAGAUUGAAGUCAAUUCAGAUUGUGCACAAGCUAUAAAUCUCUUAACCAGAGGAAACAGUGGCGAGCACCCAUUCAAAGAUGUGAUUGAAGAAACUAGGAAUUUAUUGUUGAGAGAAUGGGAGGUUAUUUUUAAUUGUAUUUAUAGAGAAAACAGUCUUUGUGCUGCUGGCUUAGAGACACAUGCACAGGAUAUUGAUGCUUCUCUUUGCACCUUGGAGCAACCUCACCUUUCAUGAUGUAUUUUUGCUUUUUUCUGAUUUUGGAUGUAUUUUUGUAAUGGUUGUUUCAUAGUAAUAUCAUAGAAUCAGUAUUUUCUUAA